AUGUACGGCUAUGUACGGCUAUGUACGGCUAUCCACGGCUAUGUACGGCUAUGCACGGCUUUGUACGGACAUGUACGGCCCUGUAUGGGUAAGUACGGAAAUGUAGGGCUAUCAACAGCUAUGUACGGCUAUGCACGGCUGUGCAAGGCUGUGUAAGGCUAUGCACGGCCAUGCGCGGCUAUGUACGGCUAUACGCGGCUAUGUACGUCUAUGUGCGGCUAUAUAUGCACGGAAAUUUACGGUAAUGCGCGGUUAUGUACUACUAUGUACUGCUAUGCGAGGCUAUGCACGGCUGUGUAAGGCCAUGCGCGGCUAUGCACAGCCAUGCACGGCUAUGUACGGCUAUCCACAGCUAUGUAUGGCUGUGCGCGGCUAUGUACGGCUAUGGACGGCUAUGCGCGGCUAUGUACGUCUAUGUGCGGCUAUGCACGACUAUGUACGGCAAUACGCGGUUAUGUACGGCUAUGUGCUGCUAUGCGAGGCUAUGCACGGCCAUGCGCGGCUAUCCACAGCUAUGUAUGGCUGUGCGCAGCUAUGUACGGAUAUGCACGGCUAUCCACAGCUACAUAUGGCUGUGCGCGGCUAUGUACGGAUAUGUGCGGCCAUCCACAGCUACAUAUGGCUGUGCGUGGCUAUGUACGGCUAUGGUCGGCUAUGUGCGGCUAUGCACGGCUAUGAACGGCUAUGCGCAGCUAUGUACGGCAAUGCGCGGCUAUGUACGGCCAUGCAUGGCUAUGCACGGCAUGGUACGGCUGUGUGA